CACCGCAGAAACCACACGCCAUGUCCGGAGAUAACCUCACUGCCGUCUUACACCAGCCGAAAGACCUCCGAUUGGAGCAAACCCCGAUCCCUGAGAUCAACGAUGAUGAGGUACUUCUGCGCAUGGACAGCGUGGGUAUCUGCGGGUCCGACGUGCACUACUGGCAGAGCGGCGCCUGCGGUCACUUCGUGCUCAAGGAGCCCAUGAUCAUGGGUCAUGAGGCGUCUGGCGUCGUUGCCAAGGUUGGUGCCAAAGUGAAGAACCUGGUGCCAGGCGACCGCGUGGCGAUCGAGCCGGGCGUGCCGUGCCGCUACUGCGAGUUCUGCAAGUCGGGCCGCUACCACCUCUGCCCCGACAUCAUCUUUUGCGCCACUCCACCCUGCCACGGCAAUCUCGCGCGCUACUACAAGCACGCCGCCGACUUCUGCUACAAAUUACCUGACCACGUGUCAAUGGAAGAGGGCGCUUUACUAGAGCCCCUCUCAGUGGGUAUCCACGCGUGCCGCCGCGCCGGCGUCACUGGAGGCUCCACCGUGCUCGUUCUAGGCGCGGGACCUAUUGGCCUGGUCGUCAUGUUAGCUGCUAAGGCUUUCGGUGCCAGCAAAGUUCUCAUUACAGACAUCCUCCAAUCCCGUCUGGACUUUGCCAAGAAGAUGGGUGCUGACGCGACCAUGCUGGUCACCCGCGACGACAACGAAGCGGACUUAGUGGCCCGCACUCACCAGCUGUUGGGCGAGCACCCAGACUUCAGCAUUGAUGCGAGCGGCGCGCAGUCCACCGUGCGGCUUGCCAUGCUGGCGACCAAGUCAGGCGGAACCGCAGUGCUGGUUGGAAUGGGCAGCCCGGAGCUCACCGUGCCCCUGGCGGGCGCCAUGAGCCGCGAGGUUGACAUUCGGGGCAUCUUCCGCUACGUUAACGAGUACCCCAUCGCGCUAGCAAUGGUGGCGAGCGGCAAGAUCAACGUGAAGCCGCUAGUGACACACCACUUCUCGUUAGAGGAGACCCUAGAGGCCUACGAGACCUCGCGCCAGGGCGCCGGCAUCAAGGUCAUGAUACACGUGCAGCCCAGGGACACCAACAACCCGCACAAAUUCUAAUUUUUUUUUAAC